ACAAAUAGUAGCACAAGUUGAAUCAAGUUAAAGUUGAACCAUAGUAAGCAAAGGAGUCAACUCUCAAGUCAAGUGAGCACUUUAUUUUAUCCAACAAAGCAACAUGCUUGAAGAACCUCUCUUAGCAACAACCUCAAAGGGUGGCGUAAAGACCCUUCCUUUCAUCAUAGCAAAUGAAUCAUUUGAGAAAGUGGCAAGCUAUGGACUUUUGCCUAAUAUGAUAACAUAUUUGAUGGGAAGCUAUGGAAUGAAAUUGGCAACUGGGUCUAAUUUCAUCUAUUACUGGUCUGCUGCUACCAGUUUGGCCCCCGUUUUGGCUGCUUUUCUUGCUGAUUCUUAUGUUGGUCGCUUUUGGAUGAUUGCCCUUGGUUCCAUUAUUAGCUUUCUGGGCAUAACUCUACUAUGGUUUACAACAAUCAUUCCUUCAGCACGUCCAUGUGAUGAUUCCGGUACAAUUUGUACAUCCCCAACCAUAUUCCAACUUACAAUACUUGUAUCCUCAUUCAUCAUCAUGUCAGUUGGUGCUGGUGGUAUAAGAUCAUCUUCCUUAGCAUUUGGUACCGAUCAAUUAAUCAAGAAAAAAAAUGUUAAUCAUAGUGGUAUUUUAGAAAGAUUUUUCAACUGGUAUUAUUUUGCUACAUCUGUUUCAGUAAUGAUUGCAACUACAUUUGUUGUUUAUGUUCAAGAAAAUUUUGGUUGGAAACUUGGUUUUGGUGUUCCUGUUAUAUGUAUGUUUUUGUCUGCUAUUUCUUUCCUUUUGGCUUCUCCUUUGUAUAUUAAGUUGAAGGCUGAGGCUGGCUCCCCUGUUGGAUUUACUCAAGUGUUCAUGGCUUCAUGGAAGAAGAGACAUUUUAAUGUUUAUGAAUCGCAAGAUGAUCAAUUCUUGUACUUUAGGAGAAAGGGAUCAAGGUUAAUAAAGCCAACUCAUAAAUUAAGGUUCUUAAAUAAGGCUUGCAUGAUCCAAAACACAGAGGAAGAACUAACAUUAGAUGGAGAAAUCCGGGACCCAUGGAGGCUAUGUACCAUUGAACAAGUAGAAGAACUAAAAUCUCUCAUAAAAGUUCUUCCAAUAUGGUCAACAGGCAUUAUAAUGUCCACAGUUACAGCUCAAACGCCUUUCAAAGUUCUUCUCAUUAAAACAAUGAACCGCCAUAUCACUUCAAACUUCCAAAUCCCAGCUGGUUCUUUCUCAACAUUCACAAUCAUCUCAAUCAUAUUAUGGAUUGCAAUCUAUGAUCUUAUAAUCAUUCCUUUAGCCUCAAAACUUAUGAGAAAACCAGUGAAAUUGAAUCCAAGAGCUCGAAUGGGAAUCGGUAUCAUACUCUCAUUUCUAUCAAUGGUUAUAACUUCUUUAGUUGAAGGUGUUCGACGUGAAACUGCAAUCAAGGAAGGAUUUUCCGAUGAUACGAGUGGGGUGACUGACAUGUCCGCCUUAUGGUUGUUACCUCAUCAUUGGUUUUCUGGCAUGGCCGAAGCUUUCUAUACAAUAGCACAAAGUGAGUUUUUUUGCUCAGAAUUUCCUAGGAGUAUGUUGAGUGUUGCAACAAAUCUUCAUGGUGUUGGUAUGUCUUUGGCAAGUUUGAUUGCAAGUUUUAUAUUUAACACUAUUGAUGAACUUAGUAGUAAUGGUGGGAAAGAAAGUUGGGUUUCAAGCAACAUUAACAGGGCUCAUUUUGAUUAUUAUUAUUGGGUUCUAACUGGUUUGUGUUUGGUUAAUUGUUUUUAUUAUUUUGUAUGUGAUAAAGCUUAUGGGCCUUCUAGUGAUGAAGAGCAAGAUAAAUUAUUGAUUGAUGAGGGAAGUGUAGAAAGUAGAUAAAUGUAGUGUAUUUGUAUUUUGUAUGAGCUCUUUAUCCUCUAGAGGGUAGUGAUCUAUAAGAUGUGGAUCAUCAUUAUUGCUACUAACAUUAUAGUUUUAGAUAUAUGUGAGAAUUAUGUCUUGUCUCAGUUAGAGAUUGUAUCGUUUUUUUCAGGUGAAAUUUGGGUUUAAUUCUUUUUUUGGCAAAGUAAAUAUUGUAAAGUACCAGAAAAAAACCACAGUAUACGUCCUAAAUUCAAGAGACUUAAACGUCAUCUCCCAACCGAAGCUU